AUGGAUGGCCUCUCGGUCGGCGUCAGACGCUCGGCGUUCGAGAAGCUUGCGGCUUUGGCUGUGAAGUCGCCAGCUCAGGAUGGAUCGGGCCUUGAUCGUCUCGCCCAGCAGUCACGAUCGGCUCGUCCGAUUGAUGGAACCAGUAAUGGAAUACUUAAGAACCAGGCUCCCACGUCUCGAGUCCCGAUGGGGAUCCGUGAACUCGAUGUUCUGCUAGCUUUAUGCAAAGCUGCCUUAUCCGUCAAUGAGCUCGACCACGCGCAGCGCUUGGUCACCCAACUAUCUCAAUACCUGCCUGAGUCCCCUAGCCAGCUAUUUCGUCCAUCGCCAUUUCUCCAGAGCAUCAAACCGUCACCAUGGGAGACUCUCUCGCACAGCCUGGCGUCGGCGCUAUUGUCCCUGGGGUUGAAGUUUCCGACUUUGCGGAAGGAAGCAGUGGCUGGUCUGACAGGGUAUUUGAACAAUUGUGCGGAAGCCAUCAGUUCGGUGACGCCGUUUCAUUACUCUACAUCCGAAGCCGGAGGACGAGGUGUUGUGCAUGAAUCGAUCACGAUUUUGUCUAUCGCGGUGUCGCUAGUAGGAUUCCUGGAAGCCUCGGCAAAACACACCGUAUUUUGGACAGCGAGGGAGAAGCUACAGAUCAUCGAUCAUCUGCGAGCUAUGCUCUCUGAGCCGUUUUAUAUUGCAGUCGAGACGGCCUCUUCCACUAUUCGCAAUGCCACAGGCACUGAUGGCGUCUACAAGGAUUGGAGAAAAUAUACCAGACGAUAUGCAGCACACGGGCGGCCUAUGGGCGCAAUGUUACUUCAGGAGGGUUUCAUGUGCUUUGUGAAAUCCUGUGCGGCGUCCCUGAUCGGAUCGCAAAAUUUGUCUGAUAACCAACUCUUGGAUGACUAUAUGGCUGGAGUUGGGAUUGCCAAAAGCUAUGAUGAGUCUGAUAUUGCGUUGAUUGAGCGCAUUACGGACCUCAUCAGUGAAGAAAUCCACCUUCUGGAGGAUGGCUCAGAUUACCUUCAAGUCGGCUCACCUUCUCAGCAGAAGCUAGCCUUUUCUGUCAAAGGGGAUGCCCUGGUUGGCUUUUUAAACUGUGUUGUGCUUGGUGAGGACGCUGCCAAUAAUGACGUCCUGUUAUCCUGGCUUGAGCAAACCCUGGUCGACGCCCAGCAAAUGGCAUGCGUGGAGCUGGCCAUGACAGCCUUGAAAUGCAUGGCGAUUCUAGCUAGAAUGUCACCGAAUGGCGCCUCAAUUGCAAGACGGUGUUUGUUGAGGUUUUUAACCCAGGGAGGGGCUUCCAUUGGCUCCGUGGUCGCCGUUGCUGCUCGUUGCCUCGCUCAAGUUCUCAGCAUUCUCUCUGAAGAUGCUGUCAUCACUACCCUCUAUUCAUUAGGAAAUGCCCUAAGCCCAAGCUCUAACGCCGACCAGUCGGCACAGGAGCAAUUCACAGGAGAUGCCACAGGUACUGCAACCAACCUGGCAUCAUAUGCCCAGCCAAGCAACGGGAGUCAAGCAUCGAUACCAACUGUUGGCGAGGAUGAAGCCUUGGUGUACCGAAAUGUUGUUCAUGCCAUUGUGAUCAUUGCCACCAGUUGCGAUGAUGACAAAAUCAGUGCUCUGGCGCAAUCGAUGCUUCUACAGAAAGUUGGCAAAAUAAAUGUUGCAGUAGACGCAUAUAUCAUUCAAGAGACCGCCGUUCUCGCUUUGAGUAGUGGCAAGGCUGAGUUCCAGCUCUUGCUGAAAUUCUACUCCCGUAUCUACCUUGAUGGGGCCCAUAAAGGGUUAUCAAUGAUCUGCGAUGCGGUUCAGUGCGCGAUGGCAUACCUCUCUGUGUCUUUGGACCAGCACUCUGCACUUCAUGCAAUUUAUCUGACUCAUUUAUUGGAGAGUAUUGUUAACAAAGGAGACGUUCCCGAUCUCGACGCGGAACGUCACGCGGAGGUUGUUUUCGCUUCCAGUGAUAUCACACCUCUACUGAAACCUCUGGCUCUUCUGGUUUCGUCUGUAAAGCGCUCACCAGAAACUCCUGAUGCUGUGUUAGAGUAUGAUGAUGCCACCUUGUCUUUGUUCCGUGAUGCCUGGUUCAACAUUGCCAUUCACGGUAUUACGCUCAACUCAAGUGUCUUCCAAGAAUAUUCCAGGGAGCUUCGUUUACUGGCCAGUCACUCUCCACCUCUUGUGGCGGAAGAUCGUAUGGAGUUACUUGAGAGUGACGUCGAGCUCAAUACCGUGCUCAGGAGAGGCACAGGACCUCAGCGAGUCUUGGAGCAAAAACGAACUCUGAUUUCGGAGUUGGCUGGUCGCGAGGCCGACGUCAAACGGCUGGAUUAUCCACGAGCCGUGUUCCUCAAUGCGGUCUUAUUGGUUGAAAGUCUGCGUGCAUCGGCGGGAGACUGCACCAAGAUCCUACAAUACUUCCGUGAUCCUUCUUUAGACACACCCGAGAUGGUUGUCUGUAUGAAUGCUGUCGCUGAGAAAACCGUGACCUGUUAUCUUUCGCGUACUUUGUCCGAAAAAUAUGACGACUUUUCCGCGCCAUACCUAUCAAAGCAGUUAGCCGCCUACCUGGUAGCCUGCUGUCAUCGCAUAGAACGCGUCCAAAGCAUUGCUACGAUAUGCACUGAUAAAAUCAUCAGCCAGUGUCCUUCUGCGCUCUGCGAGAAGCAUUCUCUUUUCGCAUUGCUUGAGAUUCUGACUGUGAUGUGGACAUCUUGUCUGCAAGGAGAACUAGAUGAGUUCGAGUGGAAGCCAGCCCUGGUCUCACCUAUGGGGAUCGUCAAAGUUGAUCUGCCGGAUAACUAUGCGCUUAGAAAGGCGACAUUGGAUCGAUUCCUCGUCCGAGCGCGAACAUGGGUGACUACGGUCUUGAAUAUUGCGCCGCUGGAUAUUAAGGGUCUACUUCAGACUUACCUUUCGGAGUACGAUGAUGAUGGCGGCUAUGGACACAUUGCACUAGGUCGUUCCUUUGCCCUCGAGAUGGGAUCCUUGAUCCCACAGAGUGACCCGCGACUUGGAUCCAUCGAGGGCUACAGUGGAGGUGAAGUCAACAUCGCUUCAGACUUCAUGGCUCUUUACACGACUCGUCAGAAGUACCGUCGCCCUGAGGUAUCUUCGUCGAUUUUUCCAGACAAUGGAUUCCAUCUUGGUGAUAGCCCGAAGGUUGAAGCCGCAACUGAAUCUGAGUCUUCCAGUGAUAUCGACGACUCCCUAUCUGCCCUCUAUGAACGCAGCAUGGAUGGAGAGGACAUUCCAUUGAUUGAGGUUCGAGAUGUUCUGCGGCAAGCAGCGGGCCUCAUUUGCAGCAGCAGCAAGCCUCACCUAUCAGUUGUCCACUACCUGGUCGCCUUGCCUUUCCAAAUCUUCACCAAGGAAACGAUCAAACUUGGUGUUUCUCUGUGGCUUGGGGUCAUCCACGAAAAUCCUCAUAUUGAACCACGUAUCCUAGCCGAGGUGGUGGAAGCCUGGGAAAGAAGUAUUCAUCGCCGAAAAGGAUUGUUUGAUCCAUCUUUUGACUACUCCGAUCCGCUACACACCCAGAUCGAAUUGCUGCCAACAGACAAAGCCUUGAUGCUUCAAAAACAAGAAGCCGCGCAAAACACACUUUCGCCCCAUUUGCGUGUUCUACAGUUCUUUGAAAGCCAUUUCAGUGCUAUUCGCCUCGGGAAUUUGCAGGACCAGCAGUUGUUUGGCCGCUUGAUCAGCAGUACUGUUGUUGGUCUCUCGAAGACCAAAUGCCAUCCUUUGGCUCGAGAGAUUCAUUUCCGUAUUGUUCUGUUUGGCCUGAGCGUUCUGAAACACUUCAGCCCGCGGAACCCAGCUGCAUCGUGGAAGCUUAAAGAUCAGAUUCUGUCCGCUGCGCUGAGCUGGUUCAGAUACCCACCCAGAUGGUCCUUUGGCGGUAAUCGACUACAGAUCAAAGCCGAAGAUAAAAUUCUUGGCGAUGUUCUCUCUGCUCUCCGGAGCGUUGCAGAUAUAGCUGAUCUGUCCCACGGUGUAUACAAGUCUCUUCAGGCUAAGCAAGAAUUGACUCAAAUUCUCAUCGAGAAUGAAAGAUCGCGUCUUCGGGUUUGGCUGUUCCCCUUGGAGCCCGAGCGGAAACACCACAUGCCAUCGCUUGGAGGCAAGCACACCACGGAUGCUAUCACCUCUUUCCUUCGACUUGCCUGGACAGAGAGUCCAGGCCUGGCCAUUCAGCUUGCUACCCGGUUCCCAUCGCCGAAAAUGCAAAGCGACGUCCGGUGGUUGAUCUUAAACUUCCCCGAGAAAGCCAUCCCGGAGGCAAGUGCUUUAGAGAUCAUGUUUGAGUCUUCUCUGCCAUCCGAUGUCAGUUUUCAGCUGAAGUACCUACUAUUCUGGGCGCCAGUCAAUCCCACAGAGGCAUUGACAUACUUCUUGCCCGCUUACGGCAACCAUCCCUUCAUCCUGCAGUACGCAAUGCGUGCCCUGGAAAGUCAUUCGAUGGAUGUUCGCUUUUACUUUGUGCCGCAGCUAAUCCAGGCUCUACGAUACGACGCCCUGGGCUAUGUCGAGCGUUAUAUCCUCGAGACAGCCAAAUUGUCGCAGCUUUUUGCUCAUCAGGUUAUUUGGAACAUGAAAGCCAACUCAUACAAGGAUGAGGACUCCCAGAUACCGGAUCCUUUGAAGCCAACACUGGAUAGGUUCAUUGAGUCUUUGAUCUCAAGCUUCUCCGAGGAAGAGCGCAUCUUCUAUGAACGAGAGUUCUCCUUCUUCAACGAGAUCACCGGUAUUUCUGGUAAACUUCGACCUUAUAUCAAGAAGAGCAAACCCGAGAAGAAAGAGAAGAUCGAGGAGGAACUCCGUAAGAUCAAGGUGGAAGUCGGAGUGUAUCUCCCAAGUAAUCCUGAUGGUGUGGUGGUGGGCAUUGAUCGGAAAUCUGGCAAGCCCUUGCAGAGUCACGCCAAGGCGCCCUAUAUGGCAACCUUCCGGAUUCAAAAGACCCGGCCGCGGCUAGAAGCUAAUAAGGGAGCUCGUGCCCAUGGCACCGAGUUCCGUCAAGUGGCCAAACGGGCCUCCUACGUCGAACAGGAGACUUAUGAGGUUUGGCAGUCGGCGAUUUUCAAAGUUGGCGAUGACUGUCGUCAAGACAUGCUCGCUUUGCAGAUGAUUGCGGCCUUCCGGAGCAUCUUUUCCAGUGUCGGACUCGAUGUCUGGGUCUUCCCAUAUCGGGUCACCUCCACAGCUCCUGGCUGUGGUGUCAUUGAUGUGUUACCCAAUUCGAUUUCCCGAGAUAUGCUUGGACGUGAGGCUGUGAAUGGAUUGUAUGACUACUUUGUUUCCAAAUAUGGAGGCGAAGACUCCAUCCGAUUCCAGGAGGCGCGCACCAACUUUGUCAAGAGUAUGGCUGCUUAUUCCGUCAUCUCUUACUUGCUCCAGUUCAAGGACCGACACAACGGCAACAUCAUGAUCGAUGACGCUGGACAUAUCAUCCACAUCGACUUUGGUUUCUGCUUUGAUAUUGCCCCCGGUGGUGUGCGUUUCGAGCGAGCACCAUUCAAGUUGACCUCUGAAAUGGUAGCUGUGAUGAGUGGGACACACGACCCAGCUCAUCACCCCAGCGGCACUCCCGGUCUUGGUCUGCCCGGAACCCAUUCGUUCAAUCCGACGGCCACUCAGCCUUACCGCUGGUUUGAGUCGAUGGUUGUCAAGGCCUUCCUAGCCUCGCGCCCAUAUUGUACCAAGCUUUCGCAUAUUGUGUCCUUGAUGUUGGAUAGCGGCCUACCGUGCUUCAAGCCCGAGACCCUCAAGAACUUCCGCGAUCGAUUUGUGUUGGACAAGAGCGAGAGGGACGCAGCUGAAUACAUGCGCGACUUGGUGCGGAAGUCAUACAUGAGUCGGUCUACCAAGGGUUAUGAUCAAUUCCAACUGAUGACCAAUGGUAUUCCCUACUGA